CGCAUUUAUUUACGCUGGCAAAGUCCGAACCGGUUUCAGCUUUCAAAAUUCCGAGCCUGGUCGCACUUGACUCGGCAAAAACGCUGCUUAAAUCCCUCCGAAGAGGCACCGAAGCGUAAUUUUAAUUUCACGUGAUGAGACAGAACCCCCUUACAUUAAUAGGAAGAAUAUAAAUAAUAAAAAUACGCCGUGGGAGCAGCAGCAGCCGCAGCCGCCAGGAAACGGAACCCGGAGCCUGCCACACGCAACAACAACACCACACACACACACAAAAAACCCCGCACAGUCUCAUCAAGUAAGCUCGGAGACGACGUCCAAGCGCUGAGAUUCUAGCAACACGGAACCUGGGCAAUCCGCUCGUACAUAUGAUCGACGCGGUAUCAUCGGUCAGUCCACAGUAUACUUGGCUGAUUACACGGCGAAUAAAGUCAACCCAAAGCGCUUCGGGAAUCUGCGGCAGUGUGUGAAGGAGACUACGGCGGGGAGGGACGCCGAGAGAGACAUUCCAGCGAGCCGCGCCCGGUUGCAACCCGCAGCGCAGCGGACAAAAGGUGGGAACCAACAAAACCACCACCACCACCACAAAUCUACCAGCACAAGUACUGUGAAACAACAACAACCACCACUACCACCACAAAUCUACCAGCACAAGUACUGUGAAACAACAACAACCACCACCAAAUAUCUACCAGCACAAGUACUGUGCGAGAAGACUAACAACCACCACCACCAACCAACACAACAACAGUCGACAACUACGCAUCGUCGGCAAUGGCUCAGUCAGCGAGCGGCCCCACCAGCGGCCAACAACAACAACAGCAGCAGCAGCAACAGGCGGCCACCACCACCACCAUCAGCAGCAAGGCGAGCCGGCUCUCCUUGGACCGUGCCUACGCCCGAAGCGUCCCGGGCGCGCUGCGCGCCGCUCAGCUCUUCGCCAGCGCCGCGGCGUGGCUCUGCGUGGCGUGCACGCGUUACCACGGCGCGCUGCACUUCGUCGUCUUCGCCGCCGUCACCUCGUGGCUUCUCACGCUCGCCGCCUACGCGACGUCCCUGCUGGGCCUGGGAUUAGCUCGCAAGCGGCAGGAUCGAGGCGGUGGAGGAGGCGGUGAAGGAGGCGGAGGAAGCCACCGGCUCGGCUGGCUGUUGUGCAACGCGUGCGGGGACUGCGGGUGCGCGCUGCUGUGCGUCGCCGCGUGCGCCGUCGCGGUGCAAGCGGCGCGCGCGCACUCCUUCUGUGACGUCACGGGCUACCGAUCCCGCUGCCCGCAUCGCGCCUACGUGGCGGCGGCGGUCCUCUGCUGCCUCUGCGCGCUCCUCUACGCCGCAUCGGCGCUCCUGCACGGCCUCAAGUGGCGGCGCCUGCACCGCCAGGAGCAGCAGGAGCGGCCGGCUGCCCUAGCUUGAAUUAACGUUGCAGAUGCGUUUUGAUGUCGUCUUUACAGUCUCUCUGUUUUAAUACCCACCGACCCUAAUGUUCGUCGUCCAACCACUAUCCUUGUUGUCCCCUUGUUUGGUUUUCUCACCCUGCCCACGGCCACCCCAACGUCUCUAUGUUUCUUUGGCGCUUCCCAACAUUCCUCUGUCCGUCAUGCAAACCUCUGUCCGUCCCACAAUCCUAUUCGUUCCUAUGGACCCUCUUUGGUCCUCCCACAGUCCUUUUGUCGGUUGCUCUCUCCAUCCCUCAUGCUGAUGACAGCUACCCUGUACUGUUACAAACUGGCUGGCGGGCAUGGAAUGGGUUUUGAAUGGCCUCCUCUGAUGUUACAUUUCAAAGGUCAUAGGGCCUGUAUCAGUAUUGGGGUUUUUUUCAACUGCUCAACACUUUAUUCAAAGUGUCAACUGCCUCUUUGUGGCAACUUGAUGAAUUUGUUUAGGUGGAGUCAAGACUUGGGUGUGUCAUUAUGUGGCUUUUCCAGAAAUGCACAUAUAUAAUAAUAGGUGUUUCCCCCUUUUUUCUGGCAACAAAACUCAAACCUUUUUACAAGGAUUCAUGUCUGCAUUAACCACAAUACCUGCAGUCAAAUGCAAACAAAACAUACUAUGAUAAUAUAAUGCAUUGUCCU